AUGUCACCACAACUCAGCAUCUCCUCGGCACUCUCCCUAGCAAACUCCAAACACAAAAUUCCCCAAAUAGGCUUCGGAGUCUACCUAUCACCGGCCUCGACCUGCGUAUCCUCAUGCAUCACUGCGCUACAAGCUGGCUACCGUCACAUCGACACGGCAAUCUACUAUGGUAACGAAACCGAAGUAGGUCGCGCCCUACUCUCUUCCAAGAUUCCGCGCUCUGAAGUCUUCGUCACCACCAAAAUUCUCUCGCCCGGGAAAGAUGUCGAAUCUACAUACGCGAUGGUGGAGGAGAGUGUGAAGAAGCUGGGCGGGGAGGAUGGGUACGUGGAUUUAUUUCUUAUCCACAGUCCAAAUGGAGGGAAGGAGGGAAGACGGUUGAUGUGGCUUGCGCUGGAGAAGGCGAGAGAGGCGGGCAAAGUGAGGGAUAUCGGUGUCUCCAAUUAUGGGAUUGGGCAUAUUGAGGAAAUCAAGAAGAUUGGAAAGGUUUGGCCGCCGAGUGUGAACCAGAUCGAGCUUCACCCGUGGUGUCAGCAAAGAGAGAUAGUGCAGUACUGCAACGACAACAACAUUGUCAUCGAAGCCUACUGCCCCCUCGUUCGCAACCAAAAGGCCGAGGACAAAACUCUGAAAAGCAUCGCCGAGAAACACGGCAAGGAGCCGAAUCAGGUUCUUGUGAGAUACUGUCUGCAAAAGGGAUGGGUGCCACUGCCCAAGAGUGAUACCCCGUCGCGCAUUGAAGGUAAUGCGGAUGUAUAUGGGUUUGAGUUGGACGGAGGGGAUAUGGAAAAGUUGGAUGGGCUAGAUCAGGGCAAAGAGGGCGCGAUUGUACAGGCUGUCAACAACUCUAAUGCUUGA